CAAUAGGACGAGGGCUUUCGGCGGCUGCACUGCCAGCAGCGAACAUGGCGCCUCCCGCGCGCUACUGCGUCCCCGGCGAGCGGCUGUGCAGCGUGGAGGAGGCCGCGGCUGGCAGCGGGACCUACACCCGGCACGGCUUCAUCUUCUCCUCGCUGGCCGGCUGCCUGGAGAAGAGGAGCGAAGACAGUGGGCUGCCCGUCGUGUCGGUGGUGAGAGAUGCUGAGUCCCAGCUCCUGCCCGAUGUGGGGGCCGUGGUGACAUGCAAGGUUUGCAGCAUCAACUCCCGCUUUGCCAAGGUGCACAUCCUGUACGUUGGCUCCACGCCGCUGAAGUCCACAUUCCGGGGGACGAUACGGAGAGAAGAUAUUCGAGCCACAGAGAAAGAUAAGGUAGAAGUGUACAAGAGUUUCCGCCCUGGUGACAUAGUACUGGCCAAGGUUAUCUCGCUGGGGGACGCGCAGUCCAACUACCUGCUGAGCACAGCAGAGAACGAGCUGGGUGUAGUGGUGGCACGCAGCGAGGCAGGGGUGCAGAUGGUGCCUAUCAGCUGGUGCGAGAUGCAGUGCCCGCGGACACACACCAAGGACUUCCGAAAGGUGGCCCGUGUGCAGCCCCAGUUCCUGCAGACCUAGCAUAGACACUGCAGGGCAGGGAACUCACGCCUCUUCCACAUCUUCAAGAGGCUGGAACAGCUGGAUGAGCCCUUGCUCGCAGGAUGGGUUUUGUAUUUCUGGAUAAUAAAUACUUUUUGAGA